AUGUCCUCAACAUCCGCACCAGUACCCGAACCAACAGACGCAGCCGCAUCUCCAGCUCCAGCUCCAGCUGCACCUAGCUCCGAUGCCAUCAUCGCCAUCACGAAAAGCCUUCCACCUGCGACAGAUUACCUCACCUAUUUGACCAUCCUCGAAUCCCAUCUAUCUCCAGAUAUACUCCCAUCGUUAAACGAUAUUCUUCAGGAUGCGGGGCUGACGCAAAAUAUCGGGUGGGACUUGAUUCAUCUUCUCCUUCCGCUACCUGGUGCCGAGAAAUGCCUGGCCACCAUUGCGAGACUGGGAAAUCCGCGGGAGGUUGUGCUCAAGGUUACAGAGGCAUUGCAAUUAUUAGACUUAGAUGCCUCUGAGAGUGACAGCGGAAGUGUCGAUGCCAACAAUGAGGAGGCUAAGGAGAAAUCUGUAGGAACAGAGCCUACUAGUAUCGAUAAGUUCUGCGAGCUGCUCAACCUACUCUCAAUCCUCCAUCCAAGAAUCAAAACGAAAUAUCCCUCGCGGUUCCUUUCAACGUCCCUCAUGGCGGCUCUUGCUGCUUUCCGACCAUCUCAUCAAGCAACCCUUGCAGUCAUUUCUUUCGUGCAUACAAUCUCUGGCAAGAAACGACCAUCACUUCCAGGUCGCAAAUCCAGCAUCAAUAUCCCAGUUAUCCAAAAUGGAUCAUCAGAGUCAGACCCAUCUGCCCCUGACCCUGAAGCACAAGACGAGGACCCAAGGGAGGCUGGCAUACAAACGAAACUUUUACAAUCAUUCGUUACACAUAUUUUGGAGGAUUAUGUAAAGGCCAAUCCACUGGAAUGGUCGGCCCGGCUGCUGGAAUUAUUUGCACCAGAAAAGGUGGUCGCUGGAAGGAGGAGUUUAGGGGAGGCAUUCCGAGAUGAUCCUACGCUUCAAUCAAGAGACAUUAUUGUAGGGCAACUGGUGGCUCUAUCACGCGAUCUCGACUUGACGAACUACUCGGACCUAUUCGAUGCCAUCUACAAAGCCGACACUUCACCUGCCGAAGAUGAGUCCGAAGAAAACUAUCCUUCUACGCCUGGAGAUAUCCCACUAUCCCAACUAGGGUCCUUAUUUUUAAUAGUUUGCUUCACCUUCGCUUCGAUCCUCUUCGAAUCCAAAGCUCCUCAGCCAAAACUGUCAAUAUUUCCUGACCAUGCAAAGCUUGUCAAGAGUUUUAUUGGAAUCGAGGGACCAACAAAUAUUGGUAAUGAAGACCAAAGUAUCAUAGAUGCUAUUCUAGCCAUUGGGUUGUGGUUGGAGCAUAACAAUGAAUUUGUGUCGGGGCCGCUAGAAGACGAUGAUUUCCUACGACAUCUGCAAUCUCUAUCUCUAUUAUCAGCAAAUACACCAUCGCCAACUUUGCGAUAUGCUGCUCAUGUCCUCACGUCGGAUAUCCUUCAUUCGCAUCCUGUCGACCGUGUUCGGCUGACGUUUAUUUCUGACACCCUCGAACAUUGUCCGUACGAGACCCUGAAAGGGUCGGCCGUAUCGUGGUUAAAGGAUGAAAUAAUUACAGGUUUCGAGCGAAAAUCGGAGAAUGUGUUUACUUCGACGGUUGCCCUAGCUGCUGUACAACUAUAUUUAUUUCCAGACACAUCAGCACUCAGCACUGCCACUGACCAGGAACUGACUGAGGAGCUUAUGCAAGCAUUCCCAUUUUAUAUGGCCGUUGUUAAUUUCAUAAUCUUCAUAACAGGGGAACAAUAUGUCCCUAUAGUGCCAUCGAGUAUGAUGAUUAUUGUGGAGGAGAUUUUCCUGAGACAUUUAAGAACUGCUCAAGUGAAGGCACUUGCCUCCUUGCCGACUGGCGAAUCAGGCGCUGCGGAUGAUUCCCAGGAACCACCAAUUGAGUUGCAAAUGCUAGGAGAGCGAAUAACUUUAUGCUCAGCGAAGAUUGAUGGAUAA